UAUUCAACUCCCCACGUUCAGUUGAAAUCACAGACACACUGGAAGCUCACAGAUACACAUAUCCUUCGACAUGCUGGCCAAAUAUGUUACGUUUAUUUCUUUCAUUAUCUCCAGGAGCUGCAUGUGUUCAACAGGACCAGGUGCCGAGUGUCUCGGAGAUAUCACAUUCGUUAUGGAAUACAAGAACUUCCCCUUUACUGACCCGACUAACUGCAACUGUGACGGCAAACCCGGCUCCUACAUCGUCGGAAGCUGCUGCUGGUGCUACUCCUGUUGGAACCCCUUCUACGACGACUUUCUAGAUGAGCUAGGUGACGUGAGUGGCGUCAAGGUCAACAUGUACGUCAGUGACGUCAGUGCUUUACGUUUGUAUGAUUGUACAUUCGACUUGCCUCAACUUAAAACAACCAGGUGUAGAACGGAGUGUUGGAAUGUACGGACUAUGUCCAAUACGCCAACGAUUCCAGAUGUUGGCGGUGUGGUCGUUCUUGUUGUCGAGAGUAGACUGUCUCAUGUGAUGAAGGACGUCGUUAGUUCCCUGCUUGAUGGUGGUGCUGUCGUCGUCGUGGUCGGCGUUGGCAAUGACGUCAGUCGCCGCGAGCUGCUUCCCUUAGCAACGGAUGAAAACCGUUUGGUGAUGGUGGAGCACAGAGACAGGCUUCAGGAGUCUGUGUCCGAGAUUCGCCAGAAGGCGUGUAACUCAUGUCAGAAAGAUGUGACAUUUGUUAUGGCUUGGGACGAAGUCUCUCCUGGUCGCCAAUCCUUGGGGUGGUGCUCUGGGGGGCUUAUAUCCGAGUUCAUCAAGACUAUCGACAACCAGCUGGAGGUGACCUCAGUCGACUGGUUGCCAGAUGGCAACGCCAAUGGCUGUCAGAUGAACUGGCGAGACUUCUCCACAACCUGCUCCUGCCACAAGUCGCAAUGGCCGGAAUUAAGUCCUUCUCUGCUCUAUGAAAACAUCAUUAACAGAUUCUCAAACCUCAGACCGGAAUAUCCGAAUGUGGUCGUCUUAAUCACCGACAGGCGUAUUGGAUUUUCUAUUGGAGAUACACAAAUAUUUCGUGACAACAAUGUUCUUGUGGUGACAGUGGAAAUUGGAAACACCGGAAGUCAAGAAGAGUUACGGGCCUUGGCGACAUCCAGCAACGUUUCCUUCACCUUGGAGAACUGGAGUUCCCUGACAGGGCUCAUCCCGGAACUCAGGCACCUCGUAUGCUAUGAUAUGUCACUACAACGGAACGAUGUGGCUUGUGAAUCAAGAACAGAUACCACACUCCUCGUUGACCUCUCGCAUAGCAUGACGGGAUAUGUUCCACCCAUGAAGACGUUCUUGACGACGUUCCUGAAGACGCUCAGCGUCAAAGACAAGGACCAACACGUGACCUUGAUAACAUUCUCGUCUAAUGUCAAAGUUGUCUUGGAGAACAGUGUCAACAUAUCUGACCUCCUCGCCGCCAUCAACGACCUGAAACCUCAGAUGGGAGUGUCUGAUAUGUCCGGAGCUUUAACUGAGGCCUUUUAUGUCGUGAAGAGGUCACCUCGGCUUUAUAUGGACACUGGUCAGUCUUGUCCAGCAUUGGCGGCUCUUAUUCUGUCCGACGGCUUGUCUCAGAGUAGAUCUGAUGUUCUGAAAGCAGCAACGAACUUAAAACGUGUCGGUGUCAGGAUUUCGCUGGUGUCCUUUGGAGUCGAGAGUACAGUCUACGAAAACGAGGCUAUGACCUCGAACCAUUACACGUUUCAUUCUUUUAACCGGUCCAUGAACUCUACCCUUCUGAAUGAACUACACUCCGACAUUGUGAAUGUUUCAGCAGAAGCGGCUAAGGGACACAACUCCGCAGCUGAAAGUAAUUGCAGCUAUGAACCAGCCAACGUUACGUUCAUAUUCAAUGUUCAAAGUGAAGAUAUCAUUCAGACGUACGUGGGAGAAUUUGUAAACUUUACCAAGCCACUAUCCAAUCAUCCACAUAUCAGUGUUUUGCAUCCUUUCCACAUUUCCUCUACGUUACCAAAUGACGUGAGAUCUCACAAAACUGUCAGCUCCACCUUAUUAGAAAUGCUUGAGGAGGUCAAGUUCCCGACUGACGUCAACGGCGCGACUUGCGUCAUCAUCGUCAGUGACGAGAAAGUGACAGCUCCUGCACCCCUCUUCCGGCAAAUAUGGCGUCUUGCUGACACGGGGUCAAAGGUUAUGUCCGUUGGAGUUGGCGAUGAUGUCAACAAUUACGUGACAGAGCGAAUUGCUUCAGUGCCAAGAUAUGCCUUUUCUUCAAGAUCCGUUUGGUAUAUCGACAUCGCACAGAACAUGUGGAACAGGUAUUGUGAAGCAUGUGGCUUCACUCCUGCCAUCGAUCUGGUGUUCCUCGUGGAGGCCAGUACUAAAACAUUCUCUCCAUGGAACGACGUCCUCAACUUCCUCAUUGGCGCCUCCGACACCUUCCCCGUCGGCAGACACAACGUCAUGGUCAGCGUGGUCACAUUUGGUCAGCAGACGGUGUCCCAGGUCCGGUUCAACAGCUACACUAACAAGAUGGAGCUGUUCAGAUCCAUCCACAGUCUCCAGCCUCGGAGAGGGCCUGCUGAUCUCGCAACAGUCCUGCAGGAUGUGGACUCCUUGUUUGCAGGUGCCCGCGGAGGAAGACCUGAAGCCAAGAAGGUCGCAGUCCUUGUCAUGGCGCAGAUGAUAACACGCGUCAUCAGUGCGGGUGAGGACACUCAUGUUAUCCUGCUGGAUAUUGGUGCCAAGAGAAAGUAUUCUCCAUCCAAGUUUCUAAAGAAAUCUGAUAUUUAUAUACCGACAACAGGGGCACAUGAUCUGGUGACGUACAGUCGAAACCUGCGUGACAUUGUAUGCAGCAAUGAACCAUGAAUGGCAGACUGUACCUAAACAGAGCGAAAGGAGGGCGAUUCGAGUCACUUUCGACUUGUGCUAAUGUCUGAAAACACUGAAAUUCCAGCCUCUUAUAAUUUUCUUGUAAAAUGAAAUAUUUUGUCUGGCGUUCUGACAGCACGUCUAAAUUCUUGUGUUACAGGUAAGAUUAUAUUUUAUGAGUAUCCCACCAUAUACUGUAGAAUCAGUGGUAGUAAUGUGUGUAUCACGAAGUUAGGCCCCCUGCGUUUCGCUUUGGUGAACACAAUUAUUGAGCUUGUUGAUGAAUUAUACGUUAGGUGCCACCCUUAGGCAUAUGUAUGUACAAUAUUAAAGGGACCUUUGUAAGCCUCUCGGUGAUACGCCCACAAGAGUAGAAACGUCACUAUGCACGACUGUAGGAAUAUCCAUACUUAUGCACGAAAGCCACAUUGUGUUUGCCUGAAGGCUGUAAUUAGAUCAUUGAUAAAACAAGAAAAAACAAGCAGAGAUGUCACUACCUUAGCUUACACCUUGUUGAAUCUUAUAUCUGUCUGGCUGUUCCACCUAGUAAGUAAUAUAAUCCUAACUAUUUGCAUAACAAAGUUGUAGUAGUUGCCCUGUAUUACCUCUGGGGCUAAGGGUGGCCCAGUCUAAGGCGCCGCGAUUCGCUGCGAAGAGUUGCGUCCCUUGGACUGAAAUACUCACACUAACUCACCCAAAACCCGUGCUCGCUCACUCAGUGUAUUACAAAUACUGUAUUAUCUUUAAUGCCCUGUAGUACCUCUCAUGCCCUGUAUUACCUCUAAUGCCCUGUAUUACCUCUAAUGCCCUGUGUUACCUAUCAUGUCCUGUAUUACCUCUAAUGCCCUGUAUUACCUCUAAUGCCCUGUUUUACCUCUAAUGCCCUGUGUUACCUAUCAUGCCCUGUAUUACCUCUAAUGCCCUGUAUUACCUCUUAUGCCCUGUAUUUCCUAUCAUGCCCUGUAUUACCUCUAAUGCCCUGUAUUACCUAUCAUGCCCUGUAUUUCCUAUCAUGACCUGUAUUACCUCUAAGGCCCUGUAUUACCUAUCAUGCCCUGUGUUACCUCUAAUGCCCUGUUUUACCUAUCAUGCACUGUAUUUCCUAUCAUGCCCUGUAUUAUCUCUAAUGCCAAUGUAUUAGCUAUAUGCCCUGUAUUACCUCUAAUGCCCUGUGUUACCUCUAAUGCCCAUGUAUUACAUCUAAUGGCCUGUAUUACCUCUAAUGCCCUGUAUUACUUCUAAUGCCCUGUGGGUCGGUCGGGUAGCCUAGUGGUUAAAGCGUU